GACGAGAAGGAAAACUGUCGAGUCAACGUCGGUGGGAUCGACCUAACCUCCUCGUCAGCCUCCACGAACCGAGGUGCGGAUUCCUCGCGGGCGAUGCCGCGGUCACCGAAUGCUCUCGCGACGCGCACACGCACUAAUCCCCUCGUUAGUCUCGCCCUGUCAUCCACUCGCGACUCGCGUCCCCGAGAGAAAGAGAGAGAGAGAGAGAGAGACGGAGAAUCUUCAACAAACGCGAGCGAUAAUAGUCAGCUGAGCGCGAGAAGAAGCACCGAGAGUCAUCACCGUCGUCGCGAAACAACGAACUCGCGCGAGGCUUCUCGUCGAACUAGGCGACCAAUCCUGACACUGGGUGCACGAGCGAGCCAAGAAGCUACAUACACCGAAGCGAGUCGAGUCGAGUCGCUGUCGUCCGCGUCCCUCUGGGAGACUUUUCUCGACGCUGGAAUAAGAUGGAGAACACUGAAGAUAUAAGGACGACAGUGGAGCUGUACAUUUACGAUCUUACCAAAGGGAUGGCUACAAUAAUGUCGCCGAUGCUCAUAGGUCGUCAGUUGGACGGAAUAUGGCACACAGCAAUAGUCGCAUACGGAAGGGAAUACUUCUUCGGUCCUGCCGGGAUCCAUAGUGUCCGACCUGGCGGCACCGAGUUAGGAGAGCCGCAGAGAGUCGAAAAGCUCGGCGAGACCUAUCUGCCCUACACGGUUUUCCUGGAGUACAUAAACGGCCUGGGAACUUCCACGUUCGCACCGGGUACGUACCACCUCUUCAAGUACAAUUGUAAUACCUUCACAGAGGAGGUCAGUAAUUUUCUGGUGGGCAAGGGCAUUCCCAAGUAUAUCCUUGAUCUACCGGAAGAAAUAUUGCAAACACCUAUCGGGCAGGCUUUAAGACCAUUGAUAGAAACAUUAAGUAGUAGCUCGAGUGCCGGAUUUACCGGUCAGAGAUUUGUCGAGGCGAGGAUCCAGAGGGAAACUUCUCCGGAAUAUCAACUUUUGAACACAGCCAUCGAAGAAGCAAGGUUGAAUUCGAUCGCGUUAGAGGAACGGAGGAACGUCAUUAACGAGAAGCUAGCGAAGAAAGAUCGAAAGAAAAAAAAGAAGAAGAAGGAAAAGAAGGAAAAGGGCAGCAAGGAGACCACUGGCAGUGACAGCAACAGUACCGGACCAAGCAAUUGCUGUGCAGAUAUGGCGGAACCUGAAAAUGCGGUCGGUGGGACACAACAGACAGCUAAUGGAGAAAACGCGGAGAUGCUGCCGUCAGAGCGAGUAAUGCAGAUGGAGGAGGACGAGAAGCGCGAACAAGAAGAGAAGAAACGUCACCGAGAUCCACCGAUAGUAUUCAAGGACUUGGUAAACUUACAGGCGGAAUAUGAAGGUUUGGUGAGCGCCAUGGAAGGAAAGUUAAAUGACGAAGAACGAACGUGUAUGGACGAGCUGCGACAAUAUGUUUUGGAGAAUGAGGGUUCCUGGGCUCUAGGCGAUAAUUUCCUGAACUUUGUAGGUCGAAUUCUCUAUGAUAAGUCGCUGGACAGUAAUGCGCGAGUAAAACUGUUGAACGUGCUGUCGGUCGCCGCAUUGAAGGACGAUGUGAUUCUGUUAUUACAUCAAGAUAGGCGAGAACACAUCAUCAUGAAUUAUGCGUACGACAUCGAUCGACAUCCGCAAGAGGAGCAACUUCCACUCGCGCAAUUUUUGGCGAACAUGUUCGAAAACCUCAGCAGCUCGGAAUGGUUACUCUAUAUAUCCGAGUGGCAACAUCAAUGUCAAAACAUUAGCAAUAUAAGGGUGACGACCAAAGUUGCGGUGCACUCGUUGCUCUCGAACUCGGAAGACCUACAGAUUCGCGGCGCCGCCAUCAUUCACAAUCUUGCCUGCAAGGAGAAAAUGAACAAAAGCAAAAAUCUGCGGCAACUUUUACCGAAAGGCAGCAUUUCUAAGGUAUUUGACGACGUUGCUGUGGAAUUGACGAUGGCGUUGCUGCAAUAUUUCAACGGUAGUCCUGCAGAGGAACAGCUGUACGCGUGUAUGAAAUCGCUCGCGCGUUUUACGCAGAUCAGUGGUCAGGAGGUACCGCAACUCAUACAGAUGAUUGGACCCGAACCGAACAAAUUCAGGGGAACUUCUGAGAGGAUCGACGAGCAGAUUGAUCAAGUUAACAAGAAGUUGCGCUAAAAUGUUUAUUGACUGUUCGCGAAAAUUAUUGUAUUCCAGGCGCGAGAUAAAAAUAGGACGCGCUUGCUACAUUCAAAAUGGAUUUUUACUUAAAAAUUCUAGACGAGACAGCUA